AUGCCGGACGAGGAUAAGGAAUCCUCCUCUGUACGGGUGGCCCUCAGAAUUCGUCCACAGAUACCGCGUGAGCUAAUCGAUAUGUGCCGGGUGUGCACGCAGGUCACGCCUGGUGAGCCGCAAGUUUUGCUCGGAUCCGAUAAGGCCUUUACCUUCGACUAUGUGUUCGAUAUGAGUACGACGCAGGUAUCAGUGUACAAUAACUGCAUCGAAAAAUUGGUAGAUGGAGCUCUUCAAGGAUAUAAUGCUACAGUGCUGGCAUAUGGACAGACUGGCUCUGGCAAGACCUACACGAUGGGCACUGGGUUUGAACGUGCCGUACCGGAAGCACAGGAAGGUAUCAUCCCACGGGCCGUGCGACAUCUGUUCGAAGGUAUUGCACAGCUACAGCAAAAUCCAUACGACGAAAACGGGACAUAUCUUGGUUCCGUAACGUUCAGUGUGGCCGCACAGUUUAUGGAGCUUUACAACGAGGAAAUUAUAGAUUUGCUCGACCCUUACAAUAAAGGUGCACGUGUGUUUAAGAUUUUUGAAGAUUCAUCUGGGGGCAUUUCGGUAGCGGGCGCUACCAUAAAACCAUUGGCCGGUCCGCAAGAGGCGCUCAACUGUUUGCAGCAGGGCGCUCUGGCACGUACGACGGCGUCCACACAGAUGAAUGAGCAAUCUUCGCGAAGCCACGCAUUGUUCACAAUACUAAUUCGAAGGCAGCGUGUCAUGACAGCAGAACAGUGCGGCAAUGCGGAUGGUGAUACGGAAACGCUUACCUCAAAAUUUCAUUUCGUCGAUCUGGCUGGUUCGGAACGGCUGAAGCGGACCGGUGCCACGGGCGAGCGGGCUCGCGAGGGAAUCUCCAUCAACUGUGGUCUGUUGGCUUUGGGCAACGUAAUAUCAGCGCUGGGAGAUAAAACUAAGAAGGUGUCCCAUGUACCGUAUCGUGAUUCGAAGUUGACUCGAUUGUUGCAGGAUUCGCUUGGGGGUAACAGUCAAACAAUAAUGAUCGCUUGCGUAUCGCCAAGUGAUAGAGAUUUUAUGGAAACGCUUAACACGCUCAAGUAUGCCAACCGAGCGCGAAACAUUAAAAACAAAGUACAAAUUAACCAAGAUCAAAGCUCGCGGACCAUAUCUUUAUUGCGGCGUGAAAUUGCCAACCUACAGCUCGAAAUUCUCGAAUACAAACAGGGCAAACGUAGCAUCGAUGCAGAUGGUAAUAUAGCGAUAUCAGAUGUGUCACUUGAGAAUGAGAUGCUCUCGCAGGACAACAAGCGGCUGCAGCAACGGGUGAAGGCGAUGCAAGAAACAAUAAACGCGCUAACGGAAAAGAACGCUGCGCUGCAGGCACAGCAGACAAUUUCUUCGCUGAACAAGGCCUCUGCCGCCGGUGAUGGCGCUGACCCGUCAAACGCGACAAAUGACUCUAGUCUGACCUCGACGGCAGGUGGCAAUGAAUCAGCAAUGCAGGACCUGAUUGUUGGCUAUAUAAGUGAGAUAGAAAAGCUAAAGGCUAAAUUAAUCGAAUCAGAACAAAUGUUCCAACAGUUUAAAAAGGCAAAGAACUCACAGUCCAAGCUAGGGCUGAAAGCAUAUCCGUUUAUCGAGGAUAAUCAGGAAACGAUGAUCAACCUGCUAAAACACGAAAUGGAGAAAGAACGUGAAACGCUGAUGUCUCGAUCGUUGCCGGGGCUGGAAAAUGAAUCGAGCAGUUUGGAACAAAAUUCCGACAGCGAUUCCGAUACGGAAUCCGACGAUAAGGCCGAAGUAUUGCGUGCGGAAAUGUUUGACGUCAACUCCGACAUUGAACUGAAGGUGCGCCUUAUUGAACAGCUCGAAGAAUCUCAGCAGCGGCUGCAAAUUAUGCGCCAGCAAUACGAAAAGCAAUUUAACCUAAUGAAGGAAAAAAUUUCCAAUACCGAACGUGAACGGGAUGAAGUACUGGCCACUAUAGGUAACGGUGGAAUGGGUGCUAAUAACAACAAGGGACAAAACACAACCAAUGAGUCUGCUAUUAAGCGCGUUAAGGAUGAUUACGAGCGAAAGCUGAACGAGAUGCGCCGCCAGUUGAAUCAUUUCCAAGCGACCAAUAAAGAGCAUCUACGGCUACAGCGUAAUAUGCAGGCACAGGAUGCAAAGAUUAAAACACUACGGGGAGAGCUGGCAGAGUUGAAGCAAGUAAAAACGCGACUGAUGAAGAAAAUUCAGGAGGAAAGCAACCGGCACAAGGAAAUGGAGAGUAAAAAGACGCGCGAAAUCGCGCAACUGCGAAAGGAAACCAGAAAGCAUAAGAAUAUGAUAAAAUCCUUGCAGGCGCAGGGUGCCGCCAAGGAUCAGGUACUGAAGCGAAAGACUGAGGAGGUUUUCAAUCUACGAAAAUCACAGCGUGGUGUAAUGAGCUUAAAGGCGGCUGGCCGUGUGCCGGCUACUGCUUCCAUAAAUAGCAUGCUGCAGGGUACCAAGCGGUUCAAGACGCGCUGGGAAGAGCUGCAGCGUACGAUCAUGCGAGCGGCCCGCUCGCGUCAAGCAAUACUGGAGCUGGAAAUGGAGCUAGAGCGUGUUAUGCAGGAGCGUGAUAUGCUUUGCCGUGAUUUAAAUAAUUUGCGGCAGCGCAGAAAGGAUAAUGCAGAGUCAACUCUGCACGAUCUAGUUUCGGAGGAAGACACAUUAAUAGCAAACAUGAAUUAUCUGCACGAUACGAUCGCCGAAUUGCAGAAGUCCAUCAUCCAAAUAGAAGACGGCAAGGAUUUGAACACAGAGCACGCAAUGCUGCAAACCAUAAUGGAUAACAUCGGUACCGUUGAGGAGGCCAAGUUUAUGUUGCAACGAGUGUGUAGCGUUACCGUUGGGCAUGUCUGUGAGGCAGGUGUGGCACAAUCUAAGCUACGCGAACGGGAGGCAUUGCUUGCGGAACUCCAGCGUGAUACCAGCGUUCAGGAGCAGUUGCUGCAGUACAUUUUGACGCGUGCACCGGCAACUUCAACGUCGGAAACAAGUUUCAGCUCCGCGCAAUCGGCUAAUUCGUACGUGAGCCAAUCGCAAUCGAAUUUGUUGGAAAAUGGUGAACCACAACCGUCCUCAUCGCAGUACCGUUUGCCACACGUUGUUGAUUCUACGACGCGAAGCCCUUCUCCAAGCAACAGCAACACGAAUCUCGAUUCUAUCGUCACCUACAGGAACUCCUCGAAACAAAGACGAAACCCUGCCGUGGUGCCCUCGGUGGCUGCCAUUCAGGACUUGCUGUACGGCAGCAGCUCCGGCUACAUCGGUCCGGCCGGUGACGGUGGUGGCAUGCCGGAUAGGAAUAGUAAUGCCAGCACCGGUAUCGGUUGCACCGCUGCUAGCAACGGAGUGAGCGGUGGCGGCAGUAAGCUUGAGAAAGUGGGUAUUUGUAUUUAUCUCGAGGAUUCCGCAGAUGAAGAUGACACGAAGCACCCGCCCUCUCUGCAGGACCGGCACGACAGGUCGGACGUUAUGACCCGCUCGUACACGAUACUGGACGGGGCGAUGGAUCCGGUCGCGGCUGCUAAUGCCGGUCUUCCAAUUGCUCCACCGCCGCCGGUGGUUCCCGUUCCCGCUCGAACGUUUGUACCGCUUUCGCGUGUUCCAAGUGCACCCGGUUCGCUUAAAGGUCUUCAACCGCACCAGGGGCUAUCACGACAGAACAGCACGGCAUCGCCGCUGCUUGCCAGAAAAUCAUUUGAAGCGAGUGCUGCACCCCCGUCACCAAGAAUUAGCCGAAGAACCUUCACCAGCAAAAUGUCACCAGGAAUCGAGGACGCAAGCGAUGUACCUACGUCACCACCAGUCUAUCGGCGUGGUAUCUCACGCGAGGAUAACGGGGACGUAUUUUCUCGACUCGGAGCUGGUACGCAGGACCCACAACCCGGAGGAAACAUUAAAGAGCUGAAUGGAAGGUAUAAGGCUGGUUCUCCGCUUAUCUGUACGCAUGUGGUUGAAGGACACUCAAACUCGGUACUGUCGAUCAAGGUGAGCAAUCAAAUGCUCUUCACAGCGGCUGCCGAUCGGACGGUGAAGGUUUGGGAUUUGCGAGCGAAUUCUACGCCACACUGUUUGACUGGGCAUCUCGGUCCGGUAGCAGCAGUUGAGUAUGAUCGUGUGAACAAUCUGCUCUUUUCGGCCUCGGGAGCCUUCGUUAAAGUGUGGGAUCUGCGGAGCAGCAAUAUUCGUCCAAUAAUCACGCUAUGUUCCUCCGGUACGACUUUACCGGCUAAUGCAACGCUAUCCGACCUGGUGCCGGGUGAAUGUUCCAUUACGGCAUUAACAAUGGGAGCAUCUGGUAAACUCUACACGGCAGCUUCCGAUAAGGUUCGGUUCUGGGAUCUACGUCAAUUCUCUUGCCUCGGUCGAUUGUCCGGUGGGCAUCAAGCUGCCGUAAUGUGUUUGACCGCUUGGGAGGGGCCGAACAAUACCGACCUGGUAGCGACCGGAUCGAAAGACCACUACGUGAAAGUGUUCGAGGUGAACUCGAGUGGUGGUGUAGUUCAGCCGCUGCUAAAUUUGGAACCACCGCACUACGACGGUGUGCAAGCAUUGGCCGUUGCUAACGAUGCGAUCGGUGUCGAUGCGGAACUGUUUUCCGGGAGUCGCGACUCCGGUAUCAAAAGGUGGGACCUGCGCAACGGAGAACUCAAACAGUCGCUCAACAAUGCCCACAAAGGUUGGGUGUCUGGGAUGGCCAUCUACGGUGAUAUUUUGCUGUCUAGCUGUCGCGGUGGCGUUGUGCGGCUGUGGAAUAUUAAAACUUGCGACAGUCUGGCCGAAAUGAAAACAGAACAAUCGAUCAACGAUAUCGUGACGAGCGAUAAUCGUGUAUUUACUGCAUCGAAUUCCGGUGAGGUACGGAUCUGGCGAUUUGUAACCACCGAUUGGGAUUCGCUGAAUGCAUCUUCCUCUGGUGCAGGAUCAGUCGGCACCGGUAGCAAUGGUAGUGUUUGUGGUACUGUAAACGGUGCUACUGGUGGUGGCGUUGGUACUAAAACAAAGCGUUUGCUGAAUUAA